CUUCUCCAGUCCGCUAGAGGCGCUAAAGAUCAUAAACACUCUUCAGCAGUCGGCUCUGAAUGUCACCGACAUAGAAGCGAACAAGGAAGUGUUGAAGAAUAAAUUUGAGAUCUUUUUUUCUCUGCUAAACUCAUAUUUUCAUCUGUUGAAUGUUCGGUUGCCAUGGAGACACCUGAGCCCGGUCAGGCAGAUGGAGAGGAGCGGAUGAUGGACCUGAGACCCAGGACCCGGUCCAAUCCGGAGGGUGCGGAGGACCGGCGCAGCAGCACCGGCAGCCUGAACAACAGCAGCCUGGCAUCCCCCCCGCAGCCGGCCGUGGGCAGCCGUGUUGAGGGAGAGGGAGAGGCCUCCAGCUCUGAUAGCCCCCCGAUUUCUGCCACCGCCAUCACAGCUGCUGCACCUGCCCCGGUUGCUGCGGCAGGAAACACCACAGCCAGCAUGCCUGCGCUGACUUCUGCAGUGAAGGAAAGACCGAAACCCCCUCAGCCAUCCAUGGCCACCCAGAUCCCCCCAUCAGCAGAGUUACACCUGCGGGCACCACGAGUCAACUGCCCAGAGAAAGUCAUCAUCUGUUUGGACCUUUCAGAGGAGAUGUCUCUACAAAAGCUCGAGUCCUUUAAUGGAUCCAAGACAAAUGCCUUAAAUAUUUCACAGAAAAUGAUUGAGAUGUUUGUGAGAACCAAGCACAAGAUUGACAAAAGGCAUGAGUUUGCUCUGGUGGUGGUGAACGAUGAUGCCAUGUGGUUAUCAGGCUUCACCUCUGACCCGCGAGAGCUGUGCAGCUGUCUGUACGACCUGGAGACCAACGUCUGCGAGUCCUUCAAUCUGGAAGAUCUCUUCAAUGUCAUUUUGCAGAAAAUUGAACUUCCUCAGAUGGAGAACAUACAGACCAUCCCGCCUCCUUUUGUAGUUCGGACUCUCCUCGUCUUCAGCCGGCAUGCUGGCAUGCUUCAGUUCAAUCCUCCGGAUGCUGUCAAAAAAAUGCUGCAGUCUCCGUAUUUCUUCUUUGAUGUUGUGUAUCUUCAUAACGGAACUGAAGAACAGACAGAGGACACUAGCUGGAAGGACGUGUACGCCUCCUUCAGUGAGUUGGACUCUAAGGGCAUGUGUUAUCAGUUUGAGGUGUCACUGUGUGGUCCUGCUAUUGAGCUGCACAACUGCAUGGCCAAACUGCUGUGCCACCCGCUGCAGAGACCCUUCCAGAGCCACGCGUCCUACAGUCUGCUGGAGGAUGACGACACGCAAGAGAAUGAAGCCACAGUGUGAAAUUUUACUCAAUAGAGCCCUCAAAUAUACUCCAAUAAUAACCAGAGACUUAUGAACUCCAAAAUGAAGGAGUGACCCGUGAAUAACUGCAUAUAUAUGCCCUUGUCCACUAUUUCUGUACUGGCAAUGUCUCUUAUUACUUCUGAAAACUUCAGUGUCUUAAUUUACCACACUAGCUCAAGACCCUGCUGUGGAACGUUCAAGUAUUGAUGGUUUGAUCUUCGCACAAGCUAAGCUAACCAGAUAGUUUUGAGGAUGUCAACUGUCAUAGUUCUGGUUUCUGAAAACUCGUGAGAGUCAUUUAACAUCCAUUUGAUAUGCGGUGGAGAUUCACAGAUGAGCUCAUGUGAUGGAUGCUAAUGGUUCGGUGAGAGUUCAUCUGGACAGCAUCUAAUAAAUGCUGUUUGCUUGCUCCUGUCAAAUAAAUUAAAUGUAAAUGCUCUGUGAGACUCAUAUACAGACCACAAAAACUGAAACUGCAACAAAAUUGUUGUAGAAGACAAGGCAUUUGAACUGCGUUUUACUUCAGACAUAUUUUCGAGUAAAAAAAAAAAUCAUUUAGUGGGAAGUAAGUUGACGAGGCUUAAUGCUGUUCAUCAUAAUUUGAUUAGUGAAAAGCUUACUAUGAUAUUAUCGGUUAAUAUUAUUUACAGAAUCCCUCAUUAUUUUGUACUGAUGUAUGCUGCACUCAAUUGUUUGUGCUGUACUAAAUGUAUAUCCUGGUAAUAAAGUUCUGGAAAGAG